AUCGUUAUAGCUCCUUCGCUCGUUCGCUCGCAAUGGCAAGAACCAAGCAGACCGCUCGCAAGUCCACCGGAGGAAAGGCUCCUCGCAAACAACUGGCGACAAAGGCGGCUCGCAAGAGCGCGCCCGCAACCGGAGGCGUAAAGAAACCCCACCGAUAUCGUCCCGGAACUGUGGCGCUUCGUGAAAUUCGUCGUUAUCAGAAGAGCACGGAAUUGCUGAUCCGGAAGCUGCCGUUCCAACGAUUGGUUCGUGAGAUUGCUCAAGACUUCAAGACCGAUCUUCGCUUCCAAAGUUCGGCCGUCAUGGCUUUGCAGGAAGCGAGCGAAGCUUACCUCGUCGGUCUCUUCGAAGACACCAAUCUCUGCGCAAUUCACGCAAAGAGGGUCACCAUCAUGCCCAAGGAUAUUCAGUUGGCGCGCAGAAUUCGCGGAGAACGUGCCUAAGCGUCUCGAGUUUUUAAUACUUCAACGGCCCUUUUCAGGGCCAAAAAUAAUUUUUUACGAGGAAUUCUCCGUUCCAAUAUUAUUUCGCAAUGAGAUUUGAAAUAUUUCUAUUAUCGAGUUCGAACGCUAGCAAAUGUGUUUGCGAGAAUAACGAUGUUCUUUGAAGGGAACUCAUUCUGAGAAGAAAACCACACCUACAGUUUUGGCGCGCUUUUUGCUCGCGGGU